AUGUCUUUGACAGUUUUAGCUUUAGGGACAUCCUUCUCUCUAUUUGUCGUCUCCUAUAAACUUUGGCGGAAGAAGCCUCCAAAAGAUUUUCCCUAUGGCAAGCUUUUCAAAGAUGACGAAAGAGAUGAAUUGUCAGAUAAAGAUUUGAGUGGUAUCAAAUAUCCAGCGAGAGCCCAUUGCCGGAAAUUCAAGAAAUUUUUCUCUCAUAAAAAGGGUGGAGGCGGGUGCUCUUCUUCGGUGCUGUUCUUGGCAGGUGGAAUCAAUGAACCUAUUAAAUACUGCGAUCAAACUAAACCCUUCCGUCAGAACAGAUAUUUCUUUUAUCUGUCAGGAGUCAACAUUCCAGGCUCUUCUCUGAUCUUUAAUCUUUCGAGCGGGAAACUUUCUCUUUUCCUCCCUGAUAUUGACUAUGACGAUGUUAUGUGGAGUGGUAUGCCUGCAAGUCCUGAGGAGGCUUUAGAAACUUUUGACGUCGAUGAAGUUCUUUACAGCUCAGAGCUUGAGAAUUACUUGAUCACUUUGAAAAAGAGUUUUGAGAUUUUUACGACAGACCUCGAUAAUAUAAAGAGUCCUACCACCAGAUCUUUGCUGCAUCCCUCAGACCCGGAUCUGUUUUACGCAUUGGACGAAGCUAGGCUCACUAAAGAUUGGUACGAAGUACAACUCUUGAAGAAAGCUGCUCAGGUAACCGAUAAAUGCCAUUUCGCAGUCAUGUCAGCAACACCAAUUGAGAAAAAAGAGAAUCAUCUGCAGGCGGAGUUUACUUAUCAUGCCAUUAGGCAGGGUUCGAAAGUACAGGGCUACGAUCCGAUCUGUUGUUCGGGGCCAGGUUGCAGCACGCUACAUUAUGUGAAAAAUGAUCAGGAUCUCGAUGGCAAGCACUCUGUGCUUAUUGACGCGGGUGCUGAAUGGAAUAAUUACACUGCGGAUGUAACUAGAUGUUUUCCUAUCAAUGGAAAGUUCACAAAGGAACACCGCCAAGUUUAUGAUGCUGUUCUAGACAUGCAAACACAAGUCAUGAGGAAAAUCAAGCCCGGUGUGUUGUGGGACGAUCUCCAUCUGUUGGCUCAUCGAGUUCUCAUACGGCAUUUUCUGAACUUGGGUAUUUUCAAGUCGGAUUACACCGAGGACGAGAUUUUCGACAGAAAAGCUUCUCUAUGUUUCUUUCCUCAUGGAUUAGGACAUCUGCUGGGACUUGACACGCACGACGUCGGCGGGAACCCUAACUAUAAUGAUCCUGAUCCUCUUCUGCAAUAUUUGAGGCUGAGAAGACCUCUAUUGGAAGGUAUGGUAAUCACGAACGAGCCGGGCAUUUAUUUUAACACCUUUUUAGUUGAGGAGUACUUGGAAAAACAUCCCGAGAGACUUGAGGUCGUUGACCGCAGCGUGAUGCAAAGAUACAUGUACGUUGGUGGAGUGAGAAUUGAGGAUGAUGUGCUAAUCACUUCGUCGGGGGUUGAAAAUUUUACCAAAAUUACGAGCGAUCCAGAUGAAAUUGAAAAGAUUGUUUUGGACGCUAUUGCGUCGGGUCGCAAUUGGCUUUCCCCCAAAUAG